AACGUCCUGAUAGCGACAUGGCACAGUUAAGAAAUAGUGCGAGUCAGCAUGGGAGGUGCUGUCCUGGAGUUGUUUUGCCUCCUCCUGCUGGCGUGUUCCAGAGGCAGAGGGAGGCAUGCGGGCAGAGGCAAUGUGCACGGUGCCAGCAAGUGCUGCGGGGCACGGGGGGCAGCUUCCUCUCAGGGAAGGACGUGCAAGUGUAAAGCUGUGAGUACCGGCUAGGGAUGCUGCCUUGAAGUAAGCGCAGAGGGCGGCGUGCCUGAUGCCAAGCCGUGACUCGCCGGUGUGCUGUGGUCCCUGUAACGCUGAAGUGCAGCCAGCUGGUUUGCCUAAAGUUGCAGCUGUGGACUGGGCAGGUCUGGGAGCCCGUUUUGAGUGGGGACAUGAUUUGUUGCUUUAGUUGAGAGAGAUGAGCAGAAGGAGUGGCGCUCGUGCAGGACGCAAGCGCGGUGUGCUGUGCCAUCUGUGAGCUUCUGGCAGAGGCAGGUGGUGAAAGUGGCCGUGGUUGCUGCUUGGCAGCCUACGUGAGAGCUGUGUGUGAGUGAGGACUCCGCGCUGGAAUUUGUACCGAGAAGAGCCCAGGAUCCCGUCCUUGAGCUGCAUUAGAAGCAAAUUGUGAUACCGUGUGCGAUGGCGCCUUUGGUGUUCCGUUUCCGGAUGGUCGCCUGGAUCCGGAUUUUGUGCCUCAGGGGAAACCCAGAGAUGCUGUCAAGGUCUUCCUAAUGUGCUUACACCUUGAAGGGCUUGCACAGAUAAGUCCUAAGUGUUUGGUUAGUUGGAGAGCUGCCACAUAUGAGUGGGAUGGUUACCCCUGCCAUCAGCUGAGAGCACCCAGGCCUUGGCCCUCUUGGUCAAUCAACAGCGUGGAAUCGUGUCCCUGAGCCCGGUGUGGAUGCUGGAGGUGUGACUGGAGGUGUAGGUGAUCCAGCUUCCCCUCUGCGAUCCAGGAUGCGUGGGAGUCCGUCAUCUCACAUGGAAGUGCGGCCAGGGAAGGCGUUGCCAAGUCCUCAGCUCUUUCCUGUGCUGGAGCCCCGCUGGAAUCCCAGGGCUUCCUACGUUGUGUUAGGUCCGGAAAGAGGAAAGGAUACAUCUAGAAGAGGGAGAUACUCCCCGAGGUCAUCUCCUGGGCUAAAGGAACUCCUGAAGGAAAUGGAGAAGGCAGCGCGUGGAAGUGACCAACCAUCUGCACAGGACGCGCUGCGGUUUGGCAGCCAUCCCACACUGCCAGUCUCGGCCAGAGGAACACAGACAGCGCCGACAACUGGCAUGCCAGGGGUGGAUGCUGGGAAAAACACAAGGGCUGUGCUUCAGGAGUUUCUGCAGGUGCACUUCACCCUAGUGAUCACAGUGCUUGUAACUGUGCUGCUGUCUGGGCUGGUGAUGACCUGUAUUGCUGUGUCGUGGAUGUGGCACAAAUAUCCAGUGUGCAAGAGGGCAGAGACAGCUCCAGGACAAGCUCAUCCUGAGAGUGACCGGGAGAGAGGCCAAUCUGGAGGUGAAGGCAGAGCGGAGCUGGGAGAGGCAACAGAAGAUGCCGUAGUUGCCCAAGAAAAGAAGAAUGUGUCCAGCGGAUCCAGCCCGUUCCCCUCCUCCUUUGAAGCGGAGUUUGAACAGCUGUGCAGCAAAAUCCGCACAGACCCUUCCCUUUGGCCCACGUGUCCCAGCAGCUCUCCCACGGACGGCGUCUCUUCCCCAGAUGCCCGCGGUUCUCGGGGUUCCCCAUAGCCAUCUAGUGCCCCGGUUACCUGUGUCAGCAGGGCUGGGGUCCCCUGGAAGACCCCGCUUUGUGAGUAAUAAAGACACCCUGUGCAAAA